AGUCUGCCCGCGACCGUUAAUAAGAGCAGACGUCAUGACCAGCAAAAUAAUAUGCUUACUUACCUUCAUCACUUGGUGCGCUUCCCAAAGACCGGGUCAAUACAAGGUCCCGCCUGCGAAACUUGAAGCUAUAUGGCCAAAAGGACUCAGAGUUUCCAUUCCAGAUGAUGGCUUCUCGUUAUUCGCCUUCCACGGCAAACUGAACGAAGAAAUGAAUGGAUUAGAAGCGGGACAAUGGGCCAGGGAUAUCACCAAAGCGAAAGGAGGAAGGUGGACCUUCAAAGAUGGGAAUGCCAAGCUAAAUAUUGGGGACAAGAUUUACUUCUGGACGUACGUCAUCAAAGACGGUUUGGGUUACAGACAGGAUGACGGGGAAUGGACAGUCACUGAAUACGUGAACGAAGAUGGCACUCCAGCGGACACCAGCAAAAUCCCAACAGUAACUUCUAAACCCCCGGGGUCAGGAGUAACAGUUACCAGCAGGCCCCCGCCCACACCGCCACCACCCACCUGCCAAACCUCACAGACCAUCGUCCAAGGCUUCAAGUCAGUCUGCACCGGCUCACUGAUCUUUAGCGAGGAAUUCGAAAAAGCCUCUUUGAAAGACUUGAGCAAUUGGGAUGCAGAGGUCAAAUUCCCUGAACAACCGGACUAUCCUUUCAAUGUAUAUAUGACUGACGGAACCAUCAAACUGGUAGACGGCAAUCUGAACAUAGUCCCUCUACUCUUGGAUGAGCAAAAGCACGAAGGCAGUAUUAAUGAAAAUUUGGACCUCAGCAACAGAUGCACCGGUCAGCUAGACACAACAGAGUGUGUUCGUCACGCAUCAGGUGCACAAAUUCUACCUCCCAUCAUGACAGGAAAAAUCACAACAAAGAAUAAGUUCAACUUCAAGUUCGGCAGGGUCGAAAUCAGGGCGAAGCUACCGAAUGGCGACUGGCUUAUACCAGAGCUUAACUUAGAACCCAAAGACUAUGUAUAUGGAUCCCGCCGCUACGAGUCUGGACUUAUGAGAGUGGCAUUCGCCCGAGGGAACCCUUCAGAGUCUAAGACCCUGUGUGGAGGACCCCUGCUCACAGACUCCGAGCCUUACAGGUCCUACUUGAUGAAACAGAAGAUCGGAAUCGACAAUUGGAACAAAGAAUUUCACAACUAUACAUUGGUUUGGAAACCGAACGGCAUUGACCUAUUUGUGGACGGAGAUUUGUACGGAAGCGUCAAUCCUGGUACCGGUUUCUCUGCAAGUGGUAGGGAACACCUAGUUCCCCACGCCGGACUGUGGAACAAGGGGACUAUUAUGGCUCCUUUGGAUGAAAUGUUCUACGUCUCCCUUGGUUUGCGGGUGGGCGGCGUGCACGACUUCCCAGAUACCCCGGACAAGCCCUGGAAGAACAGGAGCAGCAAGGCCAUGCUCAUGUUCUGGAACGCGCGCGCCACCUGGCAGCCUACGUGGUACGACGCCAACUUACAAGUAGACUAUGUCAGGAUCUACGCUCUAUGAUAUUUGCUCUCUCGUCUGUGAUUAUUUUUAACUCAAUAAAUAGUAGAAAGCC